AUGCAGCAGGACGCAUAUUUGAUGCCUGCUAGUCCCGCUGGUGGUCGCCAGGCCAGUGCGGACUACCGGCCUAGCGUCAAGAAGGCCCUGGGCCAUGUCCCCGCAUGUCUUGUGAACGCCUCGGUGACGUACUGUAGCAAUGACCGAAUCUAUGCCUUCGGAGGCUUUGAUCAAUAUACCGAUGAAGUCUACAACCACGUGCUCCGCUUAGACUUGAAUACACUGAGAUGGGAUCUAGUUGAUAACUAUGGUGACAUACCGGGGGUUCGCAUGGGACACACUGCGACUCUUUACCAAGGCGACAAACUGAUCGUCUUCGGCGGCGAGAACGAGCACCGCGAAUACCUAUCGGACGUUGUCAUCCUUGACCUCCAAACAUUCACCUGGACCUUGCCCGACAUCCGGGGCACAAUACCCCGUGGACGGGCAAGGCAUGCCGCCGUGAUUCACGAUGACAAGCUAUUCAUCGUCGGUGGUGUGACUGGGGAGAACAAUUUCAUCCUGGACGACCUGACAUAUCUGGAUCUACAGACCUGGACCUGGUCGCGAACCUGGAGUUUCACCUCUCGAUUUGACCACACCGCAUGGGUAUGGGGGAAUCGUUUAUGGAUCUUUGGUGGAUUAGGACCCAACAUGGAACGCACGACCGACAUCUGGUGGCUCGAUCUCAAAGGAUCCCCCUCCCUCGCUGGAAUCACAUCCUCCCAAGGUACCGUGGACUCCCCGGACAUACCACUGCCAGUGGCUCAUUACCCAGACUCUAUCUCUAGUGUAUCAUCCCAGCAAAUGUCUCCUCGUUCCGGAAUCUAUGCUGCCAACUCCGCCAGUGUACAGGUUCGCAAUCUGAACCGUCGGAAACCGCUUGCCCCGGGUGCAAUCUCGUGCCAUCAAUUCCACUCUGGCCCACAUGUCCCUGCACUAUUCUCCGGUACCCAUUUCCAGUCCUUUGCAUCGGGGGUAUUGCUCGAUUUGAUCACACCGUCGGAGACUGUGCGGUCGCAUGACUGCAACCUUUCCGCUCUCGAACUGAACUCGCUACGCUGGCAGCGACUGGCCGAUGGACAAGAGCUCUUCCGGCCGGGGUAUAGAUGGCAUUACUGCACCGUCAACGAUACGGGGACAAAAGCGUGGCUACUGGGCUGUAGCCUCGACAUGGCAAAUGCGCCCGGGGCAAGUGAUGAGAAUCACAUGAGUGAAAUCCUAUCAAUCGACCUGGAGAAAUACGGGUUGCUUGGCAACGAGCUAUCCACCGAAGCCCCCGAGCCUGAUUCUUCCUGGGGAGGUGACCCAUCUGGACCUCAAGUCUCUUCCCUGGGGUCUGAUCUCGCCUCCGCCUUUGACCAGACCCCCGAAUCUGGCAGUGGUGCUGAUUUUAUCAUCACCGCCAUCCGUGACGACCACGACUUUACGGGCUCGGAAGACCGAGAAGAAACACCACAUGCAUUCCCGUUCGAUUCCAGACCCACCUUUGUGGAGCCCAAUCCAUCCACCUCAGUUCCCAUCCAUGUUCAUAAGAUCAUCCUGCAGCUUCGGUGGCCGCAUUUCAAGCGUCUAUACUCCGCACAGAUGGCAGAAUACCAUACGAAGCGCAUGCAUAUCCCCGAACCGUAUUCGGUCGUGCGUGCGUUUUUGUACUACCUCUACACGGAUAGCAUUGCUGGUCACCCCGAGUACUGCUCGGACGUGGUGGACGUGGCGGGGAUGCUGGUCAUGGCAAAUCUAUACGAUAUGCCGAAGCUGCGCCUGCUGUGCGUGAAUCGCCUGAGCCGUGAGCUCGAUGUGGACAACGCAGCCAUCGUCUGGGAGCGCGCCGGGAGGACCAACGAACACUGGCUGAUGCGCCGAGCCGCACAGUUCUGUCUGACACAUUGGGGUCGCGUGGUGCGGACCGACGGCUUCAAGUCUCUCAGCCAUCAGAGCUUGAUAGAACUAUGCGAGGUGGUGGAUACAGAAGGUCGUAUUAUCGCCGGGCCGGAACUAGAAAUGGUGGGUGCCUUCGACGGCGCAUCGGUGACGGAGCCAAAGGGGUCUCAGCUUCGACUGGGUUCUACAGACGACAUGUCUGAGCUUGAUGGAGAUGACGAAGGAAUGGAACUUUCAUGA